AAGUCCAGCGGCCCAUAUGGCCAUAUCAGUCCGUGAGGGAGAGAGAGAUGAAUGAACAGUAGCUCCUACCGGCGACGGACAGCUAUCGAACGGAGAAUAAAAACGCUGUCUUUUCAAUUGUCAGCUCUUUUGAACGUUCUUUUCCAAGAGAAAGAUGUCUCUUCUCCACUCACCUUUCGUAGUUGGACCCCGGCAGAGUCUCUCUUCAUCCAAAACAAUUUCAGAGGCAUCCCAACUCUUCCUCUUCACCAAAUUCUCUUCUCUUAGUCUAACCACCACCACAAUCACAAAUGUUCCUUACAAGACCUCAACAAUUAGGAUGGGUGGUGGCCCAAGAACCUAUCCAGGAGGCGUCUCAAAGUGGCAGUGGAAACGAAUGCAAGCAAAGAAAGCGAAGCAGCUUCUUAAGGCUCGAUUGGCUCGGGAACGCCAAAUCUAUGAGAUGAGGAAGCGGGCCGAGCUCAAAGCUGCUGUCUCUGAGCUUGAGAGGCCUUGGGAAGUGGUUGAAAAGGCACCUACAUUGUUCUCUGUGAGUGCUGAUGAGCAAUUGAGCGUCUUGGCUGAUCGGUUUCAAAAGCCUGGAGGGUUUGAUAUGUGGUCUGACAAAGAUGGGCCAGAACUGUUCAAGCCCGUAGAUGGAUUACCCUCAGCAAGGUUUUUCCCUAAGGGAGUUGUUCAUAGCAUUAAACCCUAUGGAAAAAUUGAGAAUGCUAUUGGUGGUUUUGAGGACUCUUCAAAUUUGGGUUCAGAUUCUCUAAGUGAAAGUGAUAGGAAGGUGCGAAUGAAGAGUAAUAGGCGUGAGCGAAAUUCAAGAACACUAAGAACUGGAUCCGAUAGAGAAGGAAAAGAGGGUUAUUUGAAUAUGGAAGAUUCCGAUAAAGUGUCAAUAGAUGGCAACAAUCGCAAGGGCAUGCAAAAUAAGUUCAGCAAGAACACAAAUCGGAGGAAGAUGUUUGGUCACCCUGAAAAAUUUAGUUCAGCGGAAACUGGGAUGUCUAGAAUAAAGAAUAAGAGUCAUAGACCAGCUGACAAUGAUGGAGAGGGUGGAAUGUUUAAUGUGGUAGACAAGUUCGAUGAUUCAGAUUCUCCGGUGUUUGAAUUGAAUCUGCAAGAUGAUGGGAGCUAUCAACUUUAAAUCCGAGAAUUAAGAGUUCUGAUAAGUAGACAAGCUCAAAAUUUGGUAGAUAGCAUGUGUAAAUCAUCCUUGUUCAUGUGUAUACUUUUGCAUAUUUAACUAUUCACUGAUUAUAUCUAGAUUGAAAACUAAUACGAACUGUGAGUUCAGCACGAACUCACACGUUUAAGUGUGAACUGUGGGUCGAAUUCAAAAUGAUAUACAAUUUAUAAUGAAGUUGAUCUUACAAUUGUA